GGCGGCAGGUCGCUCCGGUUGCGCGCUCCCGCCUCGCCGUGCGGCCGCCGCGCCGCCGCCGCCCUCGCCCUAUGGAAGAGAUGGAAGAGGAGCUGAAAUGCCCCGUGUGCGGCUCCUUCUACCGGGAGCCCAUCAUCCUGCCCUGCUCGCACAACCUGUGCCAGGCGUGCGCCCGCAACAUCCUGGUGCAGACGCCCGAGUCGGAGUCGCCGCAGAGCCGCCGCGCCUCGGGCUCCGCCGUCUCCGACUACGACUACCUGGACCUGGACAAGAUGAGCCUGUACAGCGAGGCGGACAGCGGCUACGGCUCCUACGGCGGCUUCGCCAGCGCGCCCACCACGCCGUGCCAGAAGUCGCCCAACGGCGUGCGCGUCUUCCCGCCGGCGGCCCCGCCGCCGCCCGCCGCCCUGGCGCCGCCGCCGCGCAGCGCCUGCCUCACCUGCCCGCAGUGCCACCGCAGCCUGGGCCUGGACGAGCGCGGCCUGCGCGGCUUCCCGCGCAACCGCCUGCUCGAGGCCGUCAUCGACCGCUACCAGCAGGGCAAGGCGGCGGCGCUGCGCUGCCAGCUCUGCGAGAAGGCGCCCAAGGAGGCGGCCGUCAUGUGCGAGCAGUGCGACGUCUUCUACUGCGAUCCCUGCCGCCUGCGCUGCCACCCGCCGCGCGGGCCGCUGGCCAAGCACCGCCUGGUGCCGCCGGCCCAGGGCCGCGUCAGCCGCCGCCUCAGCCCCCGCAAGAUCUCCACCUGCACGGACCACGAGCUGGAGAACCACAGCAUGUACUGCGUGCAGUGCAAGAGCCCCGUGUGCUACCAGUGCCUCGAGGAGGGCAAGCACUCCAGCCACGAGGUCAAGGCGCUGGGCGCCAUGUGGAAGCUGCACAAGAGCCAGCUUUCCCAGGCCCUGAACGGCUUGUCAGACAGAGCCAAGGAAGCGAAAGAGUUCCUGGUCCAGCUCCGCAACAUGGUGCAGCAAAUCCAGGAGAACAGCGUGGAGUUCGAGGCCUGCCUGGUGGCCCAGUGUGACGCCCUCAUCGAUGCCCUCAACAGAAGGAAAGCCCAACUGCUGUCCCGCGUCAACAAGGAGCACGAGCACAAGCUGAAGGUGGUGCGAGACCAGAUUUCUCACUGCACAGUCAAGCUGCGCCAGACCACAGGCUUGAUGGAGUACUGCCUGGAGGUGAUCAAGGAGAACGACCCCAGCGGGUUCCUCCAGAUCUCCGACGCUUUGAUCAGGAGAGUGCACUUAACUGAGGACCAGUGGGGGAAGGGGACACUCACACCCCGGAUGACCACAGACUUCGACUUAAACCUUGACAACGCCCCUCUGCUGCAGUCCAUCCAUCAGCUCGACUUCGUGCAGAUGAAAGUUUCCUCUCCAGUGCCGGCACCCCCAAUCCUGCAGCUAGAAGAGUGUUGCACCCACAACAACAGCGCUACCUUGUCCUGGAAGCAGCCCCCGUUGUCAACGGUGCAGGUGGAAGGCUACAUCCUGGAGCUCGAUGACGGGAACGGCGGCCAGUUCAGGGAGGUGUACGUGGGCAAGGAGACCAUGUGCACGGUGGACGGGCUUCACUUCAACAGCACCUAUAGCGCACGUGUCAAAGCCUUCAACAAAACGGGAGUCAGCCCAUACAGCAAGACCCUGGUCCUCCAGACAUCCGAGGACACGCAGUCAGAAGAACAGACCCUCCCUUUUCCAGUGCCUUUGGAAAGAUUGCAGCUUCGUAGAAUGAGUCCUUUCUCCUCCACCCUUAAUCUACAACCCAGCUUUCCGGGGAGAUCCUACUUUGAGCUAAGAUCUUCGGCCCACCAGCUGAGCUUGCAUUCUUCUUUACAGUCCCUGAAUUCAGCCGGAUGCAAUUUUGACACACAAGCAACGCCUUACUCUCAAUUAGUUGACAUUAAAAAAAUGGUGGCAGUUGCUUGGUUUUCUUUUGAUCCUGCCUCUGCACAUGCUGACAUCAUCUUUUCUAAUGACAACCUGACUGUCACCUGCAACAGCUAUGAUGACAGGGUUGUGCUGGGCAAAACGGGCUUUUCCAAAGGGCUCCAUUACUGGGAGCUGUCGAUCGAUCGUUACGAUAACCACCCUGACCCGGCCUUUGGCGUGGCGCGCGUUGAUGUCCUGAAGGAUGCCAUGCUGGGCAAGGACGACAAGGCCUGGGCCAUGUACGUGGACAAUAACCGGAGCUGGUUCAUGCACAACAAUUCGCACACCAACAGAACCGAGGGUGGGAUAACGAAAGGCGCCACGGUGGGAGUGCUCCUCGAUUUGACCAGGAGGACCUUGACGUUCUCCAUCAAUGAGGACCAGCAAGGGCCUGUUGCGUUUGAGAACCUGGAAGGCCUCUUUUUCCCAGCUGUCAGCCUGAACAGGAACGUGCAGGUGACGCUGCACACCGGUCUGCCCGUCCCCGAGUUCUACACGUCCAGGUCGGCCAUGCAGUGAGGACGCUCGCGGGGCCGGCCGCUGCUCCCCGGCACGAGCUCGGCCAGCCCGUUUGCUCCGUCGGGAAGAGGCCUGCUGCCGAGCUGGAAGAUCUGUGCUCAGCUGGUAACUGGAGACCAGGGGAAACAAAAAGGGAAAGAAGAACCUGGCUCUUGGCAGUCCGUCCUCCACCCUCCAGCACCUCCAGCGCUGUCCUAUGUGUGUACGCUUUGCUGUUUAGCUCUUUUGGCUGAUGAAGUACCUAGGUAGCCUGAGAUAUUACUCUAUGUCCGCUUUUAGGUUUGGUUUUAUUUAUUUGAUUUGGGGUUUUUAGGGGGGAGGCGGGGGCAGUUUCAUUUGAGCUUUUAGUUCCCCCGUCACGCCAUGCUCAGCCCGUGCCCUGCCGCCGCCGCGGCUGGAAACGGGCCGACGGCCGCGGAGCGAGACGCUGCCGGCGGAGGGAGGCUCCGUGCCGAGCGGCCGCGGAGGGAUGCGGGGGGGACCCCGCGACAGGCACGCUUCUGCCCACGCCGGUCACGUUGCUUUGCAGGCUUUCCUUCCCCGUGGCCUUUCUCGCAGAGCACCCGCAGCCCCAUUGGUAGACGUUGGUCUCGGAUCCGCGGCCGCCCGCCCGCCGGCUCCCUGCGAAACAGUGCCAGCAAACGCCACAGCCAUACGCCGGGGAGCCCUCGCUCGGCUCUUCGGAGAUUAGCGUUUAUUUUUUUAUAGUUGCCGUAUGAAAAAAAAGAAAUAGCCUUAAAUACUACCUGAUAGUGUCCUUUCUUUCGCAGGAGAAGUCAUUGCGCAGCGAGGGUCCCCGCGGGAGGGAAGGGGGUGGCGGGCGAGGCGGCGCGCCGGGGCCGGCGGGACGACGCGGUGUACAUAGGCGCCCCUUCCCCUCGGCGUCCCCUCCCUCCGGCCUGCUCUCCUUCGUCACCUUGUCGCUCCCGCGUUACGUUUACCUAAUUUAUUGACUGGGUGCUAUCUCGUUCAUCGACGCCGCUCGGUUUCUCGGCGCUACCGGAGAGCCGCGUUGCGGGCCAACGCCGGGUCAUCCCGUGGGAGCCUCAGUGGCCGGGUCACUCUGGACUCGUUUCUCAGCCGUCACUCCAGUUCUUGGUGAUGUUCAUGGUGCUUAUUAGACUCCCAGUGACUUGUGACAUGUAGUUCCCACCGUCCCGCGAUGGUAGCCGCAUACAGCUGCUGUACUAAAGACAAGUGUCAUGUUUGCUGUUCUAAUAAAGGACUUUUACGACA